CCCUGACCCAAAUAUUCCGUGAGUUGCCAUUUGCCAUUUUUACACGCACAAGCAAGAUGACCACGUUCCAGAGCAUGGCGGACCGGUUCUCGAACCGCGCAUUCGACUUUGCGGCACUCCUCAAGACCAAUGACAUCAGUGCUGCUGUGCAGAAGCACUUGGUCAACGUCUAUACGACCCUUGCCACGACACUCCUCGUCGCAGCAAUCGGCGUGGUUGCCGACAUCAAGUUCACUCUUGCUGGCGCGUUGUCUGGGCUGGGGGUAAUUGGGCUGCUCUUUUAUCUCCACUUCAUCCAUAUCAACGACACGCCUAAGCGGUUGAGUGUACUCUACGCCAUUGCGUUUGCGACCGGGGUCAACACUGGCCCUCUUGUCUCGAUCGCUCUCGAUGUGAACCCAAUGCUCGUCGCUACGGCCUUGUUUGGGACAUCAGUCAUUUUCGCAUGCUUCACGGGUAGUGCCAUGCUGGAAAAGCGACGCAGCUACUUCUUCCUCUAUUCGGCGAUUUCGUCUGCAAUCUUGUGCUUAUCCCUCAUCCAGCUCGUCAACAUUUUCGUCCGGUCGUCGGCGGUGUACACGGUGGAAUUGUACGCGGGAUUGCUCAUCUUCUGCGGCUACGUUUUGCUGGACACUCAAAUGAUCAUCGAGAAAGCAAGUCUCGGCGACCGCGACUUUGUGUUGCAUUCAUUGGACCUGUUCCUCGACUUCGUGUCGAUCUUUGUGCGCAUUCUCGUCGUCCUUUUGAAGAAUGCUGAAAAUAAAGACAAUGAUCGCAAGCGCCGUCAGCGAAGUUAGAUGCGAUGAUCACGUGCAUGAAACUUAAGAACUACAUGGAAAUCUACGUUAUAUUACCA